AAGGAAGCAAUGUACUAAAAAGCGUAACAGGAGCUCAGUCAUAUUUAAGAGGACGCAUAACGUGGAGAUCAAUAAAGGAACUUUUGUUAUUGGUUGUUCUAUUUUAACACAACUUCCUUCUGUGAAGCUUGAAUUAAAAAGAAGUCUAUAUCAUUAAUGGCUGGAGAAUUGUUUCCGGUAAAGGAGUAAAACAGGUCAAAUUUGAUAACUAGAAAUAUGAGUGGAAUUAAAUGUCAAACAUUCAGAUAUGAUUCUGACGCAUUUCCUAGAUUAAAUCUUCUACAACGAAGAUUACAGGAUUUUCCAAAGGUGAAUGGAAGUUUUCCUUCGGUGAUCUUACAGAUGCCAUGUAUACGUGUUGUAUGCGAUAGAGGUGUUGAGGAACAUAUUCGAACGAACAACGGCCAGUUUUCAGUAAAGGGUAUUUUGGGUGAUUUUAUUGAAGAGAAGGAUGUUAUUGAGUGCAAGCUUAUCGUUACCUUAUGCAUUCUUAAGCCUGAUAAAUGUGGAAAACUAACGUCAAAGGACAUGGAGUUGUUAAAAUUGAUAAAGGAUAUUGUACCUGACAUUGAUAUAAAAACCGUUGUAUUUGCUGUUGAUACUACGGAAUGUACAUUUCAAAUGUUGGAGAAAUGUAGCAAAAAAGUCUCUGAAUAUUUCGACCACUUCUCUUCUAUAAAUACAAUAUUUAAUAGGUUAUUCCCAAUUAAAUCUACUGAAAUUGCAGUAAGAAUUUCACUCUUUUUGGAAAGAAGUCUUCUUCGUGAACUUCCCGUCAAAUUGAUAAAGACAGAGGGACUUGAACAAUUAACAUCUCCAGGUUACUACCAAGUAUUUGGAAAUAUAUUGAAAAACGGUCCAUUAAAAGAAGAUAAAUGUCAAGAUAUUUUAAGAAGGAACGCAUUUGAGUGGAAAUUGGACUGCAACGUUACACAUACAUUAUCGUGGAAAAAAGUAAAGGUCACAAGCUUUCAGAACUAUUUGUGUGAAAGUAUAAGCAACGAAAUUGCAUUAGUUUUGCAGGAAAAACUAAACGAAAAACUGCGUGUAGACAACAUGAAUUUGGCUGAUGAGUUUGGUACUCAACCGGUUUUAACUGAUAGUAUGGUCCUAUUUGUUUCAAAGGUCAUUAAUAGUAAAAUAGUCGCAAAACUUGGAAGUUAUCCUGAUUUAUUAUGUUCAGUAGAUGUUAUGGAUGCAAGGUUCCGACAAAUGAUUGCAGAUGAAAUACACAAAAACAUCAUGGAACGACGGGAUGAACUAGUUCAAGCUGUGCUUUCAAAGUUUGGUGAUGUUUAUUUGGAAUACAUGAAAAUGAGUGAUAUAAUAAAUGUAUUUGCAGAAAGAAACAAAUUUGAUAUUUGUUUUCACGAAUACAAAACUAUUACUGAAAGGAACCUGUUGGUUAAGGCAUGUGGACUAUUCGGAAAGAUCAUCAAAAUUUACAUCCAAAAGGAAGUUCAUGAUGAAGCUUCAAUUCGAAGUUAUCUUUUGCAAUAUAAUGAGGACAUUUCAAUUGUAAACAUUUGUGAGUAUCAGGAAAUGACCACUAAAAAGCAUACGUUGAUGUCUGGAAUUAAAGUCACACAAAGUGAGAGUUUCCCAGCGCGGUAUGGAACGGUAAGUUUUGCAUUACAAGAUGAAAAAGGCCAAUAUUACUGUGCAACUUGUAAGCAUGUUAUUGAAGGGUCAUCUUCAUUAAACAUUGAAACUGAUGACGGAUAUUUAUUUUGUACAAAGUUGUUUUACUGUAGUGAAGAUGUUGAUUUUGCACUUUUAAAGCUACAAAACACCAACGUUUGCGGUUCGCAUGGUAUUCGUCACGGUAAAAAUGAAUUCAUCCCAGGUGAACUAUUAGAAAAUGACAUGAUGCCUAAUGAAAACGACACUGUUUAUAAAUGGGGUGCUACAACAGGUCGGACUAAUGGAAAAUAUAUAGGCGUCCUCUGCACACGAAAACUAGAAAAUGGAAAUUUCGACAUCGAAACUUUUAUAAUUGAAGGACUAGAUGAACACUUUUCAAAAGAAGGAGACAGUGGAUCACUGGUCUGCAUUAAACCUGAUUCAGUUGUUUAUACAAGCCAUAUGGCUGCAUUUAUUCUUAUUGGAGAACUUGAGCAAUAUGACGGAAAUGUUUAUGUAAAUACCCAUGUAUGUUACAGAGUAAGUAUACCUUUGAUGGAAAUGAAAAAACACAAGGCAUGUAGUAACAUCAAACCAUGUUUUUAACCCUUUAGUGAAUUUUCCUGAUGCACUUCUAUUUGUAAUAUGUGUUUUGUACUUUUUUGAACUGCAUGACUUGAUGAGUUUAACAAAGUGUGAAUUUCACUCAACUUAAAAAUGUACGGCAGCUUAGUUGAGUACUGUUUAAUCUAAGAUAAAUAGAUAACAAAGAGAUUGGCAGUGUCGAAAAAAAAUCGAUCGGUUGGAAAAGAGGGCCAGAUCUUCUACAUUCUAUAUAUAGACAUGAGGAGGUGUGAUGAUUGCCAAUAAGACAACUAUCUGCUUAAAAUGAAGAAGUAGUAAUCAACUAUAGGCCAUCGUACGGCCUUCAAAUAUGAGAAAAACCUAUUUCGCAUAGUCGACUAUAAAAGGCCCCCCGACACGCAAAACGUGAAACGAUUCGAAUGAGUAAACUUACGGCCUUAUUUAUAACAAACAAUUUAGGAAAAACAAAUGUGACAGACAUGAACCAACGUCAACCACUGUACUACAAACUCCUGACUUGGGACGGGGUUAAACAUGUGUGUGAGUCCUCAGCCCUCUCGUAACAUGUGACAGUGUUGUAACAGCACAACAUAAGAACAAACUAUAAAAGUCUUUUGCAAUUAGCUUAAGUCAAAAGAUCGGUACGAGGUACAAAAACAACUAACAUAAAAACAAUUGACAAACAGCGCAGUUACUAAAAGCUUUUUCAUAGCCAAUAACAACAAGUAAAUAAGUCACGUUUUCCCAGACUAAAGUACAAACCAAACGGAUUUAGUAUAAGAGUCUGAGAAACGCAAUGCCAAAUUAAAAGUAAACAGUAUCGACAGGUUGUAGGAUCACGAGUUCUCAUAACUGUACAUAUAAAGCUAUAAAUAUUUAGUUAUGUUUUAAUAAUUCAAAUCAAUGUUAGUAACGAUAAACGCAAUAAUUAUAGAUUUUACUACUGUUAAGUUGAUAACCUUUAAGACUAGGUUUAUUUAAAAGAUCAAUUAGUUUACAUGAAUUGUGUCUUAAUGUACGUGCUUUAUAAACAACAUCACCGUAAGAAUUAGAAUGUUAUAUCCCGUUUUUGAUGAGAAUUAUUCUACAGAUACAGCCAAUUUGACACAUUCUAUCUAAAUCUUUGUACGUGUAUCUAUGAAGGAAUUCGGUAGAGGCUUUAAUUAGUUUGUGGUUAAGAUUUCCCUGACUUAAUAAUUUACCAGUUAUACAUUUAUUACGUUCAUUGUAUAACAAAACACGACUACAGACACGGGCAUAGCGAGCAAUAGUAUUUUAUAUGUAAAUGCCCUGAACUUGUGAUCAUUUUUUGUUAACGAAACUCUGAAAUGUAUUUUUUACCUGCUAAUAACAAAUUUUUUGGCAGUAAUUUAUUAAUUGAUUGAUUGGUGUAUAACGCCACUGUCAGCACUAUUGAACUAUUUCGUGACGUUCAGUUUUUUUGUUUGUUUUUUUUUGGUGGAGGAAGCGGGAGAGCACGGAGAGAACCACCGAACUUCGGUAUGAAAAUUGACAAUCCUAAAAAUGAGGAGAUGUGGUAUGAUUGUCCAUGAGACAACUAUGCACCAGAUUUAAAAUAAAGUAGUAGUAAGUAAAUAUUAGCCACUGUACAGUCUUCAACAAUGAGAAAAAUCCAUACCGUAUAGUCGGUAUAAAAGGCCCCGACAUGCACAAAUGUGAAACAAUUCAAAUGAGAAAACUAACAGACUAUGAUUUAUAACAAAACAAUUUACGAAAAACAAAUAGAACAGACAUUAACCAACGACAACCACUUUACUACAGGCUCCUUUCUUUGGACAGGCACCUAAAAAAUGGCAGUUUAACAUUUUUUUGAGCGUUCAACCCUCCUUUAACCUAGGACAGUAGUGUAAGAGCAUAGUGUAAGAACAAAACCGUCCCCGAGGGUAUCAUUAGCUCAGUAGUGAAUAAUUCGGUAUUGAUAUGAUUUAUAACAAACAUUUCUUAAAUUAUCCGUUUAUAAAUUUUGAAAUUAUAUAGAAACUAAGGUUUCCACUGCCUCAGGCAAAGUUAACCUUAAAUGGAUUUUGCUAUUUUUAUGCCCUUUUUGGUAAUAUAGCUCUUCAACGGUUGCGGUUCUUAUACAUCCUUGGCUUUUAAUUAUUCGGUUUUGAUCGUUCCUGAUGAAACUUAACCCAGAAAAGCGCUUCGAACGCAUGAAAUUUAUAACGUGUUGUUAUCAUUUUUUGUAGAAAUAUAUAUGUGCUACAGAUAUAUUGCAAUUUUAUUUAAAUAGACCUGUUUAUCAAUUUUAUUAACCUUCUAUAUGUAAAUAUCGUAUCUCUGCCAAUAUAGAGACAGGCAGAUAUUACAAUGAAGAGAGAGAAAAUAGGUUAUGUACUAUGUGCAACAGCAAUAAUUUUGAAGAUGAAUACCAUUCUAAUUUAGAAUGUAUACGUAACAGGUAUAGUGAUGUAAGAAAACAAUAUAUCAAAGGACAUGAUUGGCAAAAACCAUCUACUUUUAAACUUCUACAGUUGUUAUCAGUUCACGAUGUGAAAGAACUUAAUGACUGGAUAAAUAUUUGUUCAAUAUAAAAAGAAAAUCCGUAUA